CAAAGACAUUAUGAAAGGUGUUAUUUUUAUAGCACAAGGUGCGCAUUUAAAAGUUCCACUUUGUCUGAAAUGACUGCAAGAAUGUUAACUCUCUGGAUUACUAUUGCAGCAUCGUCCACGACAACAUCGCAUUUGCUGUUUCUCUUUUUAUUUAAGUUUGAUUUGAUUGUUAUUUUAGUUAUUGGAAAGCACUGCCAUGGUGCAAUAUUUGCUGACUAAUCCUAUUUUUAAAAUCGGAUUAAAAUUGCCCGUUUGGAAGAACUUUUUUUUCCUGCUUUUUAUGAACCCCAAGAAGCCAAAUGUCAAGGAUAUCGGCUGAUAUUGUGAAGAGAAAUUAAAGGCGUUGCCAUGACAAUACUGCUUAAUCACAGUCAAAAUCUUUAACACAGUUUUGCAGUUUUAUUUCUGCUCGUAUGUUAGUGAACGAUUAUGUUUUUCAUAAUCAUACAGUAGGGAAGACAGAAACCAGAAGUUGCUGAUGAAGCACAUGUUCUUAAAUUUUACAAACCACUGAUCUGUUUUGGUGAAUUCAAGCUAAUUUCAUGUUACAACUGAGGAAAAAUCUUAGCAAGAAACCGUUUGAAUGACUUGUUUUCUGCCUCCUCGUUGUGUCAGCGGCUGGUUCCACUCCAGCGCAGGUCGUCCCUCAGGUGAGUGGAUUCAUAUGUCAUAGAGCGCUCUCCUCUCCUUUCAGGUCUCAGUUUAAUAUUUCAUCCAGUCAUACGGGUGCCACCUCCUCCCUUUUCUCCUCUCCACACAUGCUUGCUCUCUCUUUCCAUGAAAACGGGCGAUGACAGGCUAGUUAAGUAGCUCUCCGCUGAAUGACUAAAGGAGGGACAGAAAAGUGCUACCAGCUUUUAGCCAGCAGAGGAAAGAGGUGAAACUCCAGUCACUUUCUCUGUAGACGCCUAGAAAGGGCCUUCAAAUACUUUUUUUUUUACAAACUUGAAUGGGAGUGCAGACUUUUUAUUAGACUUUUCAUUAUACAGUAUUUUUGGUGUUUUUCUGUUCUUCCAUACCUAAAGAAUCGGUCACUAUGUCGGGAGUCAGCAGUGAUCAAUUGCACAAAUCAACUUUGAGUGUCUACUCGAGCCUGAUGGAGCAUUUCAACCCGGGUCUUCAGAAGCUUGUUGCUCUUGGCAACAGCUAUGUUAAAGCUUUUCAAGCCUUAGCCGGUUGCAGCGAGGCCUACUUCAGCGCUCUGGCCAAGAUGGGUGACCAGGCACUGCACACGCUUUCCUCUCAUUCUCUUGGCGACGUCCUGGUCCAGAUAUCAGAAACACAGCGACGGCUCACUGCAGAGAUGGAAGGGUUGUUUCAGUGGUUCCAGAUAGAAGUGCUGCAAGCGAUGGAGAAGAACGUCAAGCUGGACGGGGAGUACAUGGAAGGCAGCCGCAGAGUGUAUGAGAUGGAGGUGAGAAACCAGGCUGAAGCUCUGGAAAAACAACUUAGAAGAGGAACCUUCAGAGACUCUCUGGAGAACAGUGAAUACAUGGUUUACCUGAGGCAGAGCCACCAGGAGAUCCUGAAGGAGGAGGAACGAAGGUAUCGCUUUCUGGCGGAGAAGCACUGCGGCCUCACUCAGUCCCUACUGUUUCUCAUAAACAAGACCGGCGGAUCCCUCCAGCAGAAGGCAGAUGGAUGGAAAGAGAAAGUGAACGAGACCAAGGGGUCCAGAUCACGCACUCCAACUCAUGCAGAUCAAGAGGUGCAGCUGCGAGGCUCGGUCAGCUCUCUGCUGCAGACAGUCACCAGGGAUGAGGAUAUGUCCUGGGCCAGGCGGGAGCAGUUGGCACUGGGUAAAGUGCCAUCUAGAGCACCGUCUCCCCUUCCCAGUCGCUCUCGCUCCAGUUCAGUGGGGGAGUCACUGGGUUUGGGAGGAGGAAGGCCCAUGAGAGCCCUGGUGUCUCACCCCUCCUCAUCCAACCCGAAGCUUUUGCCUUUUAACAGAGGAGAGACUGUCAUCGUGCUAGUCCAGGAGCCACGAAACGGCUGGCUGUACGGACGCGCAGAAAGCAGCCUGCGUCAGGGCUGGUUUCCUGCUGCAUAUGUGUCUCCAACUGAAGAUUUCUCCAACACUUUAUCAACCAGCAGCGUUUCUCUCAGAAGUCACAGCAUGAACAGUCUUCUGGACACCGACGCUCACAGCGAACAGCCAGAGGUCAAGGGCUACGGCGACGUCCCGCCCCCGGCGACACCCAGCCGCAGGGCGUCGGCGGACGUCCGGCCGGUUUCUCCGGCGCCCGACAGGCGGACGGAACCAGCUAUAGAGACAAAACUUCCACCUCCGCCUCCGCAGCAGAGUUUGAAUCUCAGAAGAAGCUCUGUGGACGUGCGAUCCGUCUCCCCCGUCCCAGACAGGAAGGGGGACAUGACGGCUGAUGUUCAGGCAUUGUCUCCACACGGGCAGCCUGAUAACCCUUUGUUUCCAAGGGGCACAAACCCGUUCGCCACCGUGAAGCUUCGUCCGACUACGACCAACGACAGAUCCGCUCCUCGGAUCCACUGAGCGGAUCCGAGCAGAGCUCCGUUUCUCAAACUCUGACAUCGGGGCAUGAAGGCAGCGUGUGCAUCUUUAAAACGUGAACGCCCUGAACUCUGAUGAACAGUGACAUUUCUUUGCACGGUGUAGAAAAUGCAAAGCCAUACCUCGUUAUCUGAAUUAUUUAAACCACAAACCGGAGAAGCUGCUUUAGCAAGUCUCUGUGUAGUAAUUAAGAGUUUAUGUUGUUUUGUUUUUGUCUCCUGUAGUACAGAUGUAAAAGGAACAUUUAGACUUACUGUUGUCUAAAAGUACAGUUUUUUUCUCAUUAAAUGGGAGAAUAUUG